UAAUCAUAAUAUAUUUAUAAUUAUACGUACUAUAUACUAUAACCAACUGAUUUCAGUGGGCGGGUAUGCCACGGCGACGGCUACAAUCAAAUUAAAAGUUUUUGAAAAUACCUACGGUUAUAAUUUUCCGUGAACUUUCACAUUUAAUUAUUCAUUCAUCUGGUAGUCAACUAUUAAAAAUACUAAAACUAAAUUAUAAAAAACCAAAUGACUGUGACAAUCAUCAUUUUCGGUCGUACUUCACCCAUCAAUCUUAGUGUUUUUAACGAACAAACAACAUCAUGAAAACAUCGGAGAAUAUUACGACACAAAAAAUGUCCGUAUACUGGCUGACGUUAUUGCUUUUAAACGGAAUAAACGUAUAUCCAGGCCAUAGCAAUAAAGUUGCAGUCGGGCGGAUCGCGGCCGCUUACCCGUGGCUGAUAUGCGCUUUCUGGGCGUUCAUCAUGACGUCGGUGGCCACGUCGCUGGCGGUCCGGCACACCAGCUACGAGGAGACGGUCGAGAUGCUCACGUACAUCACGGGCUCGUCGAGCACGCUGGCCCUGUUCGCCAUCGGCGUGCACAAGCGGCCGGGGCUGCAGCGGAUGUUGGACGCGAUGCGCCGCGACUUCUGGUACGACGGGCGGCGGGCCACCGCGGACGCGCUCUUCUCGCGGUUCGUGCGCACGUACGGCGCCGUCAUGCCGGCCGCCAACGUGAUGAUGUGCAUGGCGCCCGUCGUCUGGGCGUCCCGCAACGGCGACAUCGACUCGCCGGCCGCGCUCAUAUUCCGCAUGUGGACGCCGUGGACGCGGCUGACGGUCGCCCGGUACGCCGCCGUGUACGCCGCCCAGUUCGUCGUGUCGCUCAGCGUGCUCACCAGCAUCGCGGGCAUGGUGUUCGCCAUGGUGCUGUUCGUCACCGAGAUGCAGGUCCAAGUGGACACCCUGGUCGACGCGGUCCGCGACCUGCACGUGGACAUGUGGUACGACGACGGCCGCCCGGACGCGCGAGCCGGCCGGCGCCGCGGGGCCGCGUACGACGGUCUCGUCGAGUGCGUCAAGCACCAUCAGAAGCUCAUCACGUACUUCAAUCAUUUCAAAUCGUAUUUUAAUUUGUUAUUCAUUAUCGACAUCGUGUAUGUCAUGGUAAUGACAUGUUUAUGUGCAAGCAGCGUAUUAAUGGCAAAUGGAUUUUCAGCGUUUCAUAUAAAAAUGAUGUCUCUUCUCAUCAUAGUGGUUUCGCAAUUCUUUUUCUACUGCUUGAUUGGUGAACAAUUUUCGAUGAUGAACAAACAAUUCGGGGAUUGCGUCUAUUUCAAGCUAGUGAAAUGCAAGGAUCCAAAGUUAGCACGGAUUGGUCUUUUAAUAAUUCUGAGAACACAAAAACCGUUACAAUUAACUACGAUGGGCAUCACCAAGUACACAGCUUCGCUGCUUACAUUUACAGUCACGAUGAGGUCUGCUUACGCGGGAUUUAACGUGCUGUACAAUUCUUCAUAAUAAAAUAUCAAUAUAAAAUGUAAGCAACUGUUGCACUUAUAUUUUUUAAAUAGAUUUUUGUUGUUGUUAAUGUUAUUUAGGUGUUUUUACAACUGCAAUAAAUUAAUACAAAUAUAAUAUAUUAUUUGUAGAUGAUAAUAAAAUCGAAUAACACAUAUCAAUAAUACUAUACAUAUUGUUGAACACAGUAAUCAGUUAAUAUAGUUUUUUGUACAAUAUGAUUUUACGUUCUUCUUCUUCUUAUUAUUAUUAUUAUUCACUAUGUUUGAAACAUUUAAAGAUGGAGUUUGGGCUUCAAACACCCCCCGCUGAAAUAUUAUACUAAACUGUUUUUAUUUAUACACAAUAACUUUCAAUUUUUCAUUAUAUCGAUUAUGAUUAAUCUCUUCCCAUCCCCUCACAAAAAGUCCUCUGUAUAUGUACUUGCAUUAGAUAUUCUAAUAAAGUUCAGAACUCAUAUAAGUAGUGCUAGAUCAA